AUGGUUACGAUAGCAUAUGGGAUUUACACCCUGCGCACCGAGAACGGCGAGACCUACCAGACCUUCUGUGAUAUGACCACCAAGGGGGGCGGCUGGACCCUGGUGGCCAGCGUGCACGAGAACAAUGCCUACGGCAAGUGCACCAAUGGCGAUCGCUGGUCCAGCCAGCAGGGAAACAAUGUCAACUACCCAGAGGGAGAAGGCAACUGGGCCAAUUACAACACCUUCGGCUCUGCAGUGGGCUCCACCAGCGAUGACUACAAGAACCCUGGUUAUUACGAUCUUCAAGCCCAGGACCUGUCUGUGUGGCACGUAACCAACAAGACGCCCCUGAAGGAAUGGAAGAACAGGUCCAUCCUGAGGUACCACACCGAGACUGGCUUCCUGCCCUCAGAGGGGGGGAACCUCCUCAGACUCUACCAGAAAUACCCAGUGAAAUACGGCGCUGGCGUCUGCAAGACCAACAAUGGCCCCGCCGUGCCCAUCAUCUACGACUAUGGCGAUGCCCAGCAAACUGCCAGCUAUUACGCGCCAGCUGCCCGAACUGAAUUCGUCCCCGGCUACAUCCAGUUCCGCGUAUUUAAUACUGACAAGGCGGCCAUGGCUCUGUGUGCUGGGGUGAAAGUCACCGGCUGUAACACCGAGCAUCACUGCAUAGGUGGAGGAGGGUUCUUCCCAGAAGGGAACCCGGUUCAGUGCGGCGAUUUCCCUGCCUUUGCCUGGGAUGGCUAUGGAACCCAUCAGCAGUGGAGCGUAUCCAAGGAGAUGAUUGAAUCCGCAGUGCUGCUGUUCUACCGCUGAGUCCGGAAAGGCUGGCGUGACCCAGUGAACGACGCUGCUUCACUCCAGCCGGAGCUACUCCCUGGCUUUGAACUCAGACGUCUGCCAUGCAAAUAAAGAAUGUGAAGUGGG